GUUCUGGCUAACACCAUGAUCAAGCGUGAAAUGGCCAAAACCUUUGCUGAAGCUCUGAAAGCGUCUCUAGAGACCCGGCUCAUUGUUGUAGACGACAGUGAUGAAGAGGAAGAAAAAAGGUUAAUGAAACAAGCCGAACAGAAGCCUUGGGAAUGCUUACCUUACAAUGUGCUAGUAAAUAUUUGUAGGUUUCUUCAAGGAAAAGAUCGUUCAAGGAUGGCGCUUGUGUGCAGGUCCUGGUAUGAAGCCACUAAAAAUCCUUCCUUGUGGAGGAGCUACGUCUUCUACCUCUACUCCAACAAUGAGGCGCCGCGAGGCCUCAGCUGGCUCAGCACUAGGGUCAACCACUUAAGGCAUGCCACGAUCAUGUGCUUUGGGAACUUUGAUCGCUACAGAGACAAAUUCCUUCGUGCUCUCCACCACGCGAGCUUGCUUAACCUGGACAUCAAUGGGGCAGCUUAUUGGUGGUCAGCAUCCACAGGAAGAGCUACCUGUGACACUGUAGUAGCCAAAAUUGUUCGACUUCUGAAGACACAGCGUCGAUUGGUUGGAUUCCAGAUGAGGCAGGCCAUGCUAGACUUUAAGACGGGUAUGGGAGUGCUAGACGCCAUUGCUACGGCAUCAGGGAAUACUCUUCUCCGUCUGGGCCUAGAGGACUUCUUCGGGGACGACAUCGUCCUGAACGUGCCUUCCAUGCCGGAGAGGUUCACUCAGGGCAUUAUGAAGUUUCCAAAUCUGAAUGAUUUGACCAUCAACUAUGAAUAUUUAACUGAUAGUUUGCUACAAUGGUUGGCGCAAACAGGAAAAAAAAAGUCCGUGCAGCUAAACGUUGUCUCCUGGCUGACAAAUAUUCCAGUUCCAAUAGUAUCCCGACAUGCCUGGGCUCAAGUCGCUACGCAGUCUGACGUCAGAGUGUACCUCAUCUUACAGAAUAUAAGAAGUAUACGAGAAGUAACAGAUGCCAUCCUCUUACCCGAGAUUCCAUUGCAUAGGCUGGACAUUGUAGGCAUCGCGGCUCUUGGUAACGACAAUGUCCAAGACAUCAUCCUCAUGUUGCAGCACAUUGGAGACUGUUACGGGAAAACCUUGUCAGGAUUUCGUCUCUGGAGUGACAACGACGUCUGCGAAGAAAUCGAAGAGUCCAUUUUGCAACUGUUGAGGAAAACGCCCCAGUUGACGUACCUCGACCUUCACAUGGAUGUCCAGGCACAGUUUCUAGGAAUUCUGUGCACACUGCAAACAAAAAAAUCCAUCCACCUAAAGACGCUAAGGAUGGCUCGAUCUCUUACAGACUUUGUAGAAUUUGAAGGCUUCAGGCAUGAAGUGCGUACGUGGUUUCCAGUGCUGAAGGAGCUCAAUUUAGAUUUUCAUAUUCGAGCAGAAAGCGCUCCAAACCACAGCGCUUGGAAUGAAUAUGUUUUCAUUAUCGCAGAUGUGGCGGGCAUUGUAGACAGUGCAGAAGAUAAAUUCCAGGCUGAGGACACCUUCAGCGACAGCAGCAACAACAACAUCACGAAUCCUAACCUGAGAACUCCUUCUGGCAGUUCUAUGUUCGAAAGUCCAUUCAGAGACACUUCACUCUACUAUAGCGGCAGUGAAGACAAUUCUAAGAAAUGUGAGCUUAAAUCAAAACUUUGAACAAUCCAGUACAAUGGCAACAAGCUGGGCUAUCCAACUGAAACUAAUAUUUAUUAGUACCAGCUUAAAACAGACAAUAUCUUUAACAAAAAACAGGUCUAAUUAUUUAACGGUAGUUUACUGAAAAUCAUAGGUCUAAUUAUUUAACGGUUGUUUAAAAAAAAUAUUACGCUCUAUAUUUUCUACAGAAACUUUAAGUUUCCAAAAUAUUCCGAUUAAUUGAUAAGCUUGAUUUAGGUGUUGAUGUUCAUAAAUAUUAAUGUGUAUACCAUCUAAUGCUGUAAUCUAGAAUGAUGCUGAUAUGUAUUUUUUAUACGGACACAACGUCUGACUUUCUAUUCCUUCUUUGAACUCAUACUUUGUAUUGUGUACUCCGUUAUUUUUUUUAAUGAAAUAUAUAUAUAUAUAUAUCAAUCAGAAUUGGAACACUA